UGCGCGCACACGUUAUCUCGGUAGGUAUGUGCCACAUGCGGUUCUGAACGGUCGUGAACAGCGUCGUAGUACAUCGCAGUCGUCCGGUGAAUGCGGUCCGCGUCUCGUUCGUUAUUAUCGUAACAUUGUGUGUUCCGUCGCAUAUAAGCGGUUCGGUGGGUUUUCGAUUGUGGGUGUAAGAGAGAGAUACGCGAUUCGACGUAGAGAUUUUCACCAAAACAUUAAAAUAAAAUACGGUCAACUCGCCGGGUGUGCGUAUCGGACGUGUGGUCCUGACCCGACCCGACUUCGGAGAUGACUCGAUGACACCGGAUCUUCCGUUGGUUACCGCCGCCGUGUGCAGUGCACAGGAUUAAUAAUUUCUCGGACGCCGCCACAAACAGGCGUUUCAAACGACAAGAGCACAAUUUGACUACACGUGAUGAGUGUGCAAAAUCUCCGGAACAAGUUCAGCCAGAACAACGGUUCGGUGCCGUACAACCCACCCGGGCUGAGUUACGGGAAAUCCGAUUCCACGGUACAGUCGAGUCUGAACAACCACAACAAUAACAACCAUCACCAUCACCACCAUGUGUCGAAUUAUCAGAUGCCAAACGGUGGCGGUGGACGGUUCAAGACGAUUCGCGAGGAGCCGGAUGCACCGGAAGACUUCAGCAGCAGCAAACCGGUGGCGACCAAGAACAACAGUUUUCUGCAGAGUUAUCUAGCGAACGAGAUGAGGAACGUCGGUGGUUCACCCGGCAACGGAAUUAAGCAGACGGCCGCAGUGCAGGCGCCGGCGCACAACCGGUUCGUCGCCUCUAAGUCGUCACCAGUAGUGGAAGUUGUGUCAAAAUACGCGGUCAAGUCCCCUCAGGAAACGGCCACAUCAAAAUUGACGUUCGGUGAGAUCAAAUUGCCACACCAGUCGCCGACAGUCCCCGUACAUCCGCCCAAGUCAAUCGGUGCCAAACCAAUGCUUCCGCCGCCGAUACCGGACAGCACUCCGCCCAGGUUUUCGGUCAAAUCUUCGACCGUCCUGAACAGUAGCAGUAAAAGCAGUCCUGUAUCAACUACCGAGGAUAGAUGGAAGAUCAAAUAUGACGAAACGGAGACGAAGCGAAAGAGCCUGUUGAUUCAGUCUCAAAAACUGUUGAGAGAAAAGUCGGACAUGGAACGUCAAGUGGCGAAGCUGCGCACCAAUCUCGAACUGUCCAAUAAAGACUUAUCAGAAAGAACCUUGCAACUCUCUCAGCUGAGGAGUCUUUCGGAAGCGAUGUACAAGGAAUAUGAUCAAUUAAAACAACAAUACGAACUCGAGACAACUACGUUGCAAAAGGCGAUGGAACGAGCUUCGCAGUGGUAUAAACAAAAUCGUGAGCUGAAAAGAAGGAGCUCGGCUUUAAUGCAAAAAGUAAUGUCAGUGGCGCCGUCCACGUUGGAAGACUUGGCAGAUGACACGGACGGUAAUGACAACGAUAUGGACAACAACGACACCGAAAUGGAAGAGCUGCGGAAAACUGUCAAAGAGCUCACUCAAGAAGUUUCGAGGCUACAAGCAGAAUUAAAUAAAAUUAAACUACAAGAGUUUGAAGCCCAGGAGCAGACAGUAGACUUGACUUCUGAACUGGAGGAAGAGCGUAGGGGGCGAAAACGGGCUGAACAAGAACUUAAAGAAUUAAAAAUGAAACAUGACAGUUUGGAAACAGUUAGCCGUAAAGUAGUCGAAGAGACAACCGUGUUACACCAACAAUAUAAGAGAGAAAAAGAAGAAGGCGUAAAGAUACGAAGUGAUGCGAACAAAGUGAAAUCCGAGAGAGACGUGCUAGCCAGGCAAAGUCAACUGUUGAUGAUGGAUGCUGCGUCGGACGAAAAAAUUAUGAAACUGUUGUUCGAGGUGGAACAAUUGCAAAGAACAUUAAGCCAAGAGAGGCAAGAGCAUAUGGAACAGCUAAAAGACUUACACGAAAAAUUGGAAUCGCAAAGCGAAUCCGAACAAAUCGAAUUGUACGAAGAGAAGUUGAAGUUAAUCGAAGCGGAAUUACUAUGUUCUCAGCAAAGAGCUGACAUUGCUGAAUCUCAGGUUGAAGUACUCGGAAAACAACUUCGGGAAACCAAAACCGUAGUCGCGCCGCCCCAGUGCGGACCCCCACCGCCACCACCCCCGCCGGCACCACCAGCACCACCACCACCUCCACCACCGAUGGCGAUGGCGGGGACAAGCGGCGGCAUCAAGCUGAAAACGGUUAGCUCGCUGAACCAUAACUCUAACGCAAUUGAAGAUUUAGGGAAUUACUUGGGACUGCCAAUGGCUACUCCCAAGGGCCCUCAAGUACAGAACGGUGCCAUUGACGCGAUAAUCAACCAGAUCAAAGGAGGUCGUUUCAGUCUGAAAGCCACGGACAAGGAGAAACAGACUCCGGUCAAAAAACAAGAACCUCAACCCGUCGUCAACGAGAUGAUGAACGUUCUGGGCACGCUGCGUCGGAAUCCCAAACGGAGAGCCAGUUUCAAAACGGCGCCUGCCGACGUGGCGCUAUAGUACCUUCCUAAUAAUGAUGAUAAAAAUAAUAUAUUUUCAGUCCUUAACCACUGUCUGCGUGUCUCGCUCGAAAAAAUUAUUAUUAUUACUAUAGUUAAUAUAAUAUAUAUAUAUCGGUAUAUUAUAUAUUUUUAUUUUUUGUUCCUCUGUUGUCGGUGUGUUUUGUGUGCACGAGUGGUGUGCUCUCGACGUAGACAUUUACACUACUCAUUUAAAGAAAACGUUUUCAUUUCAUUGUACAUAAGAAUAUAAUAUAAUAUAAAAAAAAAAAUUAUAUGUAACGACUCUUUAGCGUAAAUAUAAUAUUAUAAUAUAAUUUAAUGGUCGUGAACGACGGGACAUCUGUGAUUUUUACAUUUCUAUCAAAUUUCUCAGUAAAUAUUUAAUAUUGUGCUUAGUCUAAGGAAAUUCGUUUUAAGAAUAUAAUAUUAUUACUAUUUAUUAAGAACAGUGAUGGCUUCUGUGUCUAACUGUAAAAGUGAAAGCUAAUGAAUAUAAUAUUAUAGGUAAGAAGUUAUAAUUUUUGAAAUUUUUAGUUUGUAAUAUUUUACCAUCAAAACCAUUUUUAUUUAUCAUUUUUGUUUUAUACCUUAUAAGUGUUUUUUUUUUUUUCAAUAAUCUGAAUAUUAUGUUUUAUUUCAAAAAUAUUAAUUAAAUUUUAAGUACUUGUACGUUACUGUUUUGUAGUAAUAGUUUAAUAGCCAAUAACUUGUUACAUGUUAUAAGAUUCUAAUAUAGGUAAUUAUUUUUGAGCAG